CAUGGAUUUCGUUUUGGAUUCUGAAACGUGAAAUUUUUAUAUAAAAAACGUGUAAACACGUCCAAAAUUAAUGUUAUGUAUGAGUAUAAUGGUUCCAUAAAUACAUUCAGUGUGUAAAAUCCAUAAUGAUGGAGUUGUUUAAAUAUAUUUCAUUUAUUAUUGUUUGUAAUGUUCUUUCCGCCAACGCUGAAGGUUUUACGCAUUGGAUGGUUACGGAGAGCGGAUUGAUUGAACCGAAGCUACAUUCUCCUUUUAAUAUGGAACGUCCCUACGAUCUGCUGGCUCUGAUGGACCAGGAAAAGAAAUGGAGCACAAUAUUUGAGGUCUAUAAUGAGCUGGCAGUCAGGCAGACCCGUAUUAACAAACUGUGGACGAAUUUGGAAAAGCAAACAGAUCUAGAACCACAUUUGGCUAAAAAUAAAGAUUGCGUGGAAGCUGGAGACAUUAGCAUGUUCGACUGGUAUAUCUCAUUUCUGGAUGAAGGCAGUUUGAUGAACAUACCCCAACAGGAGCAUAUGGUGUCCAACUCCCAACGCAGUGCCACUUAUGAUAUACCAGAUUGUAAGAAGAUAUCUUCACUGAUAUUCAGCAUGUUCACAUUUGAACACUUGGAGAGUAUGAGGCAAAGGAACAAUUUGUCGGUACAUCCAGACCUGACACUCGUUGAAUCUCCACAAACCUUGGAUCUGUUUGGGCAUUGGCUGUAUGGUCUGCUGAGACAGAACACAUCAUCCUGGUUGCACUAUGACAUGGCCGUUAUCUAUUGGAGGAUGAAAGGAAAUGCACCAAAAGCCAUGGAAUGUGCCAGAAGAGCAGUACACUAUGUACCUAGGAGCAACAAGGAUUUAGCCCUUUUGAAUAUGGGAAAUAUUUUUCAUCAAAGUAAAAGGUCCGAAGAUGCCAUUGUGAUACUAAGUGCGGCCAUAGAUCACAACCCGCAGAACUACAUGGGACACUUCUCUUUGGCCACCGCAUAUGCCAUAACUGGAAAUUAUAAUUUAUCACUGCAUCACUUCAAUCAAAGCCUAAAACUGCAGCCUCAACAUGAUUCAAAGAAGAAAUACAUUCCGUGUAUAAAAUGCCAUGCCUCCUUGGUACCCAAAAUUGAAAACAUUCGCAAGACAUUGGACCUACUUCAUAAAGAGUUACAUGAUUACAGUCGAAACGAAACUGAAUGGCCAAAAAUUCUUCGUGAAUUUUUGAAAACAAUUAAACACGAUGAGGAUUUUGACAUAAGGAGCAUGGAUCAAAGCAGCGAGCGGAUGACUCAAAUAAUGGGGAAGGAUAUAAAACGUCUGAAGAAGUAUAGCGACAAGUUCUAUUUGAUCAAAUACUUCCUGGACGAUCCGGUGUACAGUGGCAAGUGGGAGAAUACUGAGGGUGUGUUGGGGGUGGAAGCAGUUUACAGCCUGCAGAGACUGAUCAAACACAUCGAGAGGAAUCUCAACUCCGUCCCGGAGACUAUUGUGAAGAUGGAUCCUGUCAAAGUCGAUGAUGAACCGAAGCAGUGUAAAAAACCAGGAGCCGCUUGCAAUAUUAAGAAAGAACUAUCGGAGAUGGAUAAAAAAAUGAGUGAAUUUGAAGUGGGGACAAUCAUGUACCCAUCUACGAUGAAAGUGAAUAGGAACUCGGAGGAUUUCGACACGGAGUCAGACUGGCCGAGUGACAGCUUCUGCAAGACCGCUUCAGCCAAGUUUCCCGAUAACAUCGACGCUGUGUACCCCGUCUUCCUGCCCUUUGAGAACAAAGGGAUAAGGUUGGGUUCGUUGUUAACGGAGCGCAUCGGCGUGCCGGCUUGGGAGCAGCACGAGCUGCCGUGGCACCCGCCCACCUGCGUCCCAGACAAGGACGCCGCGCCCUACACUGGACCCCACAAGAAGACUAAACCGAUUACGCUGGAGGUGGCACAGACGGAGCACCUGCGGCACCGCCUGCAGGACUACGUCAGCGGCGACCCGCACCUCGUGCGCAACAUGCAGGACGUCGAGAUCGGACAGCGGAUAUUCGCCGCCAAAAACAAGAAAGCGGCCCCACCGUGGAUGCUGCUGGUGCUGUCGUCUCUGUACUGGCGCGUGCGCAACAACAACGCCAACGCGCUGCACUGCCUGCUGCCCGCCGCACGCCAGGUGCCGCCGCGGUACAAGGACAUAGUGCUGGUGUCCCUGGCGUCCGUGUACCUGGAGAUGGGCUACAUAGACGAGGCCAUCUCCGCUGCCGAGGAGGCCUUCAAGAUGGCCGUCUACGAGCCGGCUACGAACUUCGUGGUGUCGCAGAUCAACAUGGUCCGCAAGCACCGCAGCACGCAGCUGUUCCACCUGAAGCAGACGGUGCGCGUGGAGCGCGGGUUCAUGGGCGGGCUCGCGCGCCGCCAGCUCGCCGCCUGGGCCUGCGUGCUCAAACACGUCAACGCUAUACACGAGAUGGACUUCCGCGAGUCGGAGAUGUGCACGCAGGUGGAGCCGGGCGUGAACGUGGUGUGCGAGAAGGGCGGCGAGAGCUGCUACAUCACCAACAUCCGUUGCCGCGAUACGCAGGCGGACGUGGGCGGGCUGCUGCAGCUGCUGGACCGCUCGGGCGACCGCUCCGCCGCCAUCGACGACAAGUUCUUCGAGUGGGUGGUGGCGACCGCGCCCGCCGCGCGCGACUCCCCCGGCCACGCCCAGCACUUCGCCGCCAUGAUGCACGUCGUAUCGCAACUGCGAGGCUGCGGGCCUAAGGGCUGUAACGGUCUUAAGCCGAGCGACUUGGCUCUCAAGGAAACGGACUGCUCCUUCUACCGCGUGCAGUUCGGCUACUGGAUACAGAACAUAAAGGAGAUGAUGGCCGAAGCUGACCUCAGUAUAAUACCGGAGAUAGUUGCGAUACCGACGACGGGGAAGAAGAUACCCGACUGCCGGUACCUAGUGGAGGGCGAGGGGGAGGACUACUUCCUGCGGCGGCUGGCGGAGCUGCAGGCGGACACGUGGGAGCCGCUCAUGACCAUCGCCCACCAGUUCGCCGAGCUCUUCGAUAUAUACGACUACGUCAGCCUCGGAUCCAAGAUCGCCACAUACGUCGAAACUAACGGUGACUGGACGGGUGCGCUGCUGGCGUCGUGGUGGUGCGGCGUGGUGGGUCACGGCGCGUGCGCACACCGCUGCGUCGCCGCCGCGCACCUGCUCGCGCCCGCCGCCCGCGCGCACCUCGCGCUGCGCGUGCUCGUCGUGCUCCUGCACAUGCAAUCGAAGUUCCACGAGGCUAAGGACAUGGCGUACCUGUCGUUCUACACUGCGCCAAAGAGCAAGACGGAGGCCUUCCUAGCGGCGGUGUCGCACAGCCAUCUUGGCGAGUGGGAGGCUGCGGUGUGGAUGUACCGGUACGCGCUGCAGCUAGACCCUCAGUACCUGGCGGCGAAGGCCUGCCUCCACGGCACCGUCUGCCUCAUGCUAUACCAGCACGACCCGGACAAACUCAAGCCCAACUUCCACAAUAUACGCUAGAUACCAGCUCGAUGGCCGCUUUGAAGUUUCUAUGUAACAUAGUUUUAAUUGUGUUCCGAAAUACAAGGUGUAACAAAACUAAGUGAUAAUACUUUAGGGUGUGUAUAUGUU